AUGCUUGACUUUUCAGGUCCAGCGAGCUGCAGUGGCCGCCUGUUCUCCUUCGGGGUGAUAUCUGACAUUCAGUACGCCAACAUAGAGAAUGGGUUCUCCUUCAAAAAGGUCCCACGGUACUACAGGGAAGCACUGCCAGCACUGCAGAGAGCUGUCCAGAUGUGGAAGAAACGGGAUGUGGACUUUGGCAUCCAUUUUGGCGACAUAAUUGACGGCUACCACCCGAAGGAUCAGUCCCUGGCCGCCCUGGAUACUAUCACGGCAGCCUUUGACGUGCUGGGCAAACCCCAUUGGCAUAUGAUUGGCAACCACUGCCUCUACAACCUCCCCCGCAAUGUGCUGAACGAGCGGCUGAACAUGGGGGGACCGGGGGGCGCGAGCUACUAUGCCUUCAGCCCCCACCCGGCCUGGCGCAUAGUGGUGCUGGAUGGCUAUGAUGUGUCCCUGCUGGGCUGGCCGGAGCAGCACCCACUGCACCAGCAGGCGCGGAGCAUCCUGGCCGAGCGCAACCCCAACCAGGAGAAGAACAGCCCGGACGGUUUGGAGGGCCCCGCGCGGCGCUUUGUCAAGUUUGGGGGAGGCGCAAGCGAUGCGCAGCUGGAGUGGCUGCGGCAGACGCUGGCGGCGGCGGCUGCCGGGGGCCAGCGAGUCAUCCUGUGCUGCCACCUGGCGCUGCACCCUGGCACCUGCCCGGGGGCGUGCCUGCUGUGGAACUACGAGGAAGUCCUCCAAGCCUGCUGGCAGGCCGGCAAUGUUGUUGCCACCUUCUCUGGCCAUGCGCAUGAGGAUGGCUAUGCGGUGGAUGAGCAUGGAGUGCACCACCGGGUGCUGAGCGCAGUUGUGGAGACAGCUCCCGGGCGCGACUGCUUUGGCAUCAUCAGCGUGUUCAGCGACCGGCUGGAGCUGCAGGGCUUCGACCGGCUGGCCUCUGCCACCAUGCAGUUUUGCGCAGAGUUUUGCGCAGAGCCUGCGGAUAAGGAAAAUAAGGAGCAGCAGCUUCUUGGAUGUGCCUCCCAGCCAAGCACUGUGGCAUCGUGA